AUGUGUAAAAUCAAAGGGAAGUGUGGACCUAAUUCAAUUUGUAUGCCUAGAGAAGAUUUCUACAAUUCUACUUUUUGUGUUUGCCCUUCUGGUUUUGAGCCUGUUGAAGGUGGAAGUGAAGUUGGUUGUAAGAGGAAAAUUCCACUUACAAGUAACACUCAUUUUAUUAGGCUUGAUUAUGUUAACUAUACGAGUAGUGGUUCGAUGAAUCAAAUCAAUGCUUUAAAUUACACAAUUUGUGAAGCAAGUUGUAAGAGAAACUCAAGUUGUCUUGGAUUUGGAUUCAAGUAUGAUGGAUUGGGCUAUUGUGUUUUGUUACAAGGUAAAGAGCUUCAAUAUGGUUUAUGGUCGCCCGGGACUGAACUCGCUUUGUUUUUGAAAGUUGAUCAGAAGGAAUCUGAAGGUUCGAAUUUCAUUGGUAUGACGGAAGUGAUGCAGACGACUUGUCCUGUGAGGAUAAGUUUGCCUUUACCGCCGAAAGAUUCGAACACUACGAUGAGAAAUAUUGUGAUUAUAUGCACGCUUUUUGCAGCGGAACUUAUUGCUGGUGUGGCUUUCUUUUGGUCUUUCCUUAAGAGGUAUAUCAAGUAUAGGGACAUGGCUACCACUUUGGGGCUUGAGCUUUUACCUGCGGGUGGUCCGAAACGAUUUACCUACUCGGAGAUCAAAGCCGCGACUAAUGAUUUCUCGAAUCUCAUCGGGAAAGGUGGGUUUGGAGAUGUCUACAAAGGUGAGUUGCCGGAUCAUCGUGUUGUCGCGGUGAAGAGUUUACAGAAUGUUACAGGUGGUGAUGCUGAGUUUUGGGCGGAAGUUACAAUCAUUGCAAGAAUGCAUCACUUGAACUUGGUUCGAUUGUGGGGCUUCUGCGCUGAGAAAGGCCAAAGGAUACUUGUUUAUGAGUACAUUCCUGGUGGAUCAUUGGAUAAGUAUCUCUUUAGAGUCAAAUCUCGAAAGGCGAGUGGUGUAUCUGAAUCCGAACAAAGUCAUGAUAAUAGCUCAAAUCCAAGUACCUUAGAGAAACCUGUUUUGGAUUGGAACAUGAGGUAUAGAAUUGCUCUUGGUAUGGCUCGGGCUAUCGCAUAUCUACACGAGGAGUGUUUGGAAUGGGUUUUGCAUUGUGAUAUAAAGCCGGAGAACAUUCUCUUAGGCGAUGAUUGUUGUCCUAAGAUAUCGGAUUUCGGAUUGGCGAAACUGAGGAAAAAAGAAGACAUGGUGACUAUGUCAAGACGGAGAGGAACCCCUGGUUAUAUGGCACCGGAAUGGAUAACAGCGGAUCCAAUAACUUCAAAAGCCGAUGUCUAUAGUUUCGGUAUGGUGCUGUUGGAGCUUGUGAGUGGAGUGAGGAACUUCGAGAUUCAAGGAUCUGUGGCGAGGAGCGAUGAAUGGUAUUUUCCAGGAUGGGCUUUUGAUAAGAUGUUUAAGGAAAUGAAAGUUGAAGAAAUUCUCGAUAGUCAAAUUUCUCAUGCUUAUGAUAGUAAAUCACAUUUUCAGUUGGUUAAUAGAAUGGUGAAGACUGCAAUGUGGUGUUUGCAGGAUAGGCCUGAGGCAAGGCCAACAAUGGGGAAGGUAGCUAAGAUGAUUGAAGGGACUGUGGAGAUCAUGGAACCUAAAAAGCCAACUGUUUUCUUCCUUGGAGAAGAGUAG